UCAACUCGGUUUAAAAAAGGAAGAUCUCCAUAUCAGCUAAAAGAAAGUUGUUGCAGUACGCUUCAGCUCUGCAUUUUCGGUUGGAGGAGACACACCAAUUUUGCCGUUUUGGUGGAGCAGCAUUGUCCGGCAUGCGCAACACUGGAAAGAGGGGAGAGAAGAAAACCAGAAGAAUAGAGAAAGAAGAGCGGUUGUGUGGUGUGUCUCGCGAAGUGUAAUGUGAUUAAGAUCAUAUUUCUUUGCCAUGGAAAUCCCAACACAAGAAAUCAAACAACCAUAGUCACAGUCCACACCUUCUUCAAGCUUUUGUAUCUCUGCCACAACACCAAUCUCUCUGCGAACCAUGGACCAAAGCACAUUGGGUGUUAUUCCCUUCUCCGGAAGUUGAUUGUGAAGUUUUCCCUAGACUCAGCGGUGCCCCUUUUCAACAAAGUCAGUUAACGACAGCAUUGUUGGGUUUGAGGAAAAGGUCGUGGUGGUCUGGGCGGUGGGUUCCCUUCUCCUGAGGCCAUCUCCGUGCAUAGGCAGAGGGUGGUGUUGCGCCGUCGGUUCUACAGUUUGUUUCUUUAUCGAAGACCUUGCCAUGGAGCAUAAAUGGUGGCCUAAAUUAAAUGCCGAAAGAAAAAUGGUAUGAAUGAGUACAUUGAAGAGAACAACAGAGAAUCUAAAAGGGCAAUUUUACUGAAAGGCAAAGAAGUGGAACACAAUUGCUGGAAAAUGAUAAAAAUUAUUCAUAAUUUGAAGGUAGAUGAUGGAGAUAAAGUUCAUGUUGUUGUGACGGAAACAUUGGAAGCUGCUUCAAUGGGUUCUAUGUGCGAUAAUUAUGGAGACUUUAACAUUGAAGAAAUACUAAGUGAGCAUCACACUUUGAAGAAAAGCAAUGCAGAGCUGGAGGGACGAAUUGCCAAACUUGAAUCAGAAGUAAAUUUGUUAAAAGAACUUGUUAGAAGUGGAAGUUGUGUAAUUGCAGCAGAACAGGAUCCUUCCGUUGAGGUAGAAGGAGUGGAAAAAAUAAAAUCUUUCAAUAUAGAUGCUAUGAGUUGUUCUAUGUCUGGUUCGAUGUUGAAGAAAUUGUACUUGAGAUUGUACAAUUUUUGUGUUCAAAGAUGUUCAUUAACUGAGGGAAAGCGAGUACUGGUGAGUAUGUAUGAUGGGUAUUUGGAGCGUAAUAAUUUGCAGUCACUGAAGUCAAGGAAUUGGGUUGAUAAUAUGGUUGUGUACUUUGCUGCAAAAUUCUUCAUGGCAAAUGAGUUAGAAAAAGGUGUAGGAAUUAAGCGUUAUAUUUUUACACCACGUUUUUCGGAUAUUGUUGUGGCCAAGGUUGGAUGCUUCGGAACAAAGUCUGUAGGCAAAUGGACAAUGAAGGAGUUUAGUUGCUUGGCCACGAAUAGAAACACUCCAAUUAGUUUAAUUUGUGGUUGUGAUUUGGUCUUUGUACCCACCAUAUUGAAUAAGCAUUGGUAUUGCUACGUGCUUCAUUUGGAGGAUAGAAAAAUAUUUGUGUUGGACUCCUGUCGUGAUACUUCAACCGAACGAGAACGUGUGGACGAGGCAAUGAAAGAAAAACUUCAAGAACUUUUUCGUUUGUUGUUGCCAACAAGGACAAUUGUCGAUGCUGAUUUUGAACUUAUAUAUGAUCCGCUCCCUCAACAAAGAAUGAUGUGUGAUUGUGGUAUAUAUUUGCUCAAGUACAUGGAGUUGUGGGAUGGAAUCAAGAGUUGGGAUGGAAUGCACAUGCCCGACUUUACUGUGGAUGAAAUUCAACAGUUUCGUAGGGGACUUGUCUGUCAAUGGGUCUUGCAUCCAUUAAACGAACACAAGACAACUACUUUGAUGUCAGCAAACUUGGUAGAAGAUUUGUAUUAUGAUGAACAAUUUGCAUUAUGAUGCACUUAUGAGUCUGAUUAGGGGAUUUAGUGUGAUGGGAGUACGAAUAACAUGCUCACAAGAAGAAGAAUGUCGUUAGUUGUGUUGUAAUUGUGGUUGUCUAACAAAAAUAACAAGUCAGAGUAUUGUGCGUGUUGUGAUGCACAAUUUGUAGCAGGGUCAAAUGUGGUAAUAUUCAGCCUUGAUUAUGAUGUUCCAACCUUGUAUUAGGUUCAUAUGUUUGUGUUUGUUGAUAACGAGGGUUGUAAGAUUUCAUCACAAGUUAGACAAAUUUUUGUAGUUUUA